GUUUUCCCUCCGCCUCUGGGGCAGGCUAGGGAGCGCUGCCGAACGAAUUGGCGUUCCUCCCUCGCCAAUCCGGCUUCAGCGCCCGCCCGCCCGCGUUUUUCCGGCGCCUGCCGCCUGGCCGCUCCAGCCUGGUUCGCAGUCUCGGCUGGAGACGGCGCCCUGGAGGGAGGGUUCAAAUCCGCGCAAGGGAGCUGCAGCGCGCGAGGGGUGCGGAGCGGAGCCGGCAUGAAGCAGCCGCCUGUGCCCUGGUGAAACUUCAUGGCCACAGCCCCAGGCGCUGCUGGCAUUGCCAUGGGCAACGUGGGCAGCCUGUUGGAACGGCAGGACUUUUCCCCUGAAGAGCUACGGGCAGCACUCGCAGGGUCUCGGGGCUCCCGCCAGCCUGAUGGGCUCUUCCGGAAAGGCUUGGGCCAGCGCGAGCUCUUCAGCUACCUGCACCUCCCCAAGAAGGACAGCAAGACCACCAAGAAGGCCCCUCGGAACGAGCCUGCCGACUAUGCCACCCUCUACUACCAGGAACAUCCUCGGGCUGGUGACUUCAGCAAGACUUCGCUGCCUGAGCGGGGUCGUUUUGACAAGUGCCACAUUCGCCCAUCAGUAUUCAAGCCGGCAGUGGGCACCGGGAAAGGCUUUCUGUCCAUGCAGAGCCUGGCGGCCCACAAGGGUCAGAAGCUGUGGCGCAGCAAUGGCAGCCUGCACACGCUGGCCUGCCACCCGCCCCUGAGCCCGGGGCCCCGGGCCAGCCAGGCCCAGGCCCGUGCCCAGCUGCUGCAAGCCCUCAGCCUGGAUGAGGGUGGCCCUGAGCCCGAGCCAAGUCUGUCCGACUCCUCCAGCGGAGGCAGCUUUGGCCGCGGUCCCAGCACCGGCCCCGGCCCCUUCUGCUCCUCCCUGGGCCACAUUAACCACCUCGGGGGCUCCCUGGACCGGGCCUCACGGGGUCCCAAGGAGGCUGUGCUGAGCUGCCUGCCCGAACCACCACCCCCCUACGAGUUCUCCUGCCCCACUGCCGAGGACAUGGUGGCCAUGCUGCCCGACACCUGUGAGGAGCUCAAGAGGGGCCUCAGUGAUGAGGAUGGCACCAACCCCUUCACGCAGGUGCUGGAGGAGCGCCAGCGGCUGUGGCUGUCUGAGCUGAAGCGCCUAUACGUGGAGCAGUUGCAUGAGGUGACCCAGAAGGCCGAGCGUAGUGAGCGCAACCUCCAGCUACAGCUGUUCAUGGCCCAGCAGGAGCAGAGGCGCCUACGCAAGGAGCUGCGGGCACAGCAGGGCCUGGGCCCAGAGGCCGAUCCCAGUGCCCGACCAGAGGAAGAAGCCCGAUGGGAGGUGUGCCAGAAGACAGCAGAGAUUAGCCUCCUGAAGCAUCAGCUGCGGGAGGCCCAGGCUGAGCUGGCACAGAAGCUUGCUGAGAUCUUCAGCCUGAAGACGCAACUUCGGGGCAGCCGGGUGCACGCCCAGGCCCAGGACGCAGAGCUGGCCCAGCUGCGAGAGGCUGUGCGGAGCCUGCAGGAGCAGGCCCCUCGGGAGGAGGCCCCAGGCAGCUGUGAGACCGAUGACUGCAAGAGCAGGGGGCUGCUGGGGGAGGCAGGAGGCAGUGAGGCCGGAGAUGGUGCCGAGCAGCUGCGGGCUGAGCUGCUGAAGGAGCGGCUCCGGGGCCAGGAGCAGGCGCUGCGCUUUGAGCAGGAGCGGCGGAUAUGGCAGGAGGAGAAGGAGCGGGUGCUGCGCUACCAGCGGGAGAUCCAGGGGGGCUACAUGGACAUGUACCGCCGCAACCAGGCGCUGGAACAGGAGCUGCGGGCACUGCGGGAGCCCCUCGCGCCCUGGAGCCCUCGGCUUGAGUCCUCCAAGAUCUGAGGCCAGCGGAGUGAGCUGACAGCAGAAGCACUGUCAGAAGAUGGCUUGGACAAGCCCACUCUGAGACGGCCAGCUCCUUCCUUACAUUGGUCUGGGGCAGAAUCUGCUGAGACCAGCCAAAGAUGGAGAGGCUCGCUGACAGGAGGGAUCCAGUUGGGCUGUGGGCUGGAUGGGGUGCCAGCAGCAGGAGCCAGGGCAAGGCUCUACUGGCUGAGGAAUACCCAGGCAGAGCCCAGCCCUGCUCUCUGAAGUAGGUGUGGCCCAGGAAAGGAGGUUUGGGAAUGAAGAGCCCUGUGAUGCAAAAGGGCCAGUGUGAGGGAGGGAGGCUGGGGUGGGAACAUUGGCCUCCCCAGAAUAAAAUCACAUUUUCUACAA